GAUCAUUAAUGACAUUUUGUCAUGAAAAUGCUUGCCUGUCAUUGUUGGAGGUACGAAUUACUAUAUACAGCUGCUGCUGGUCCUUAAUGGGAAACAGUGUGAUUAAAGUCUAAUUCUGAUAUACCAUUGGGGAAAUCCUGUAUCUGAAUCUUUUAGCACAGAAACAAUGGCUUAGUCUUGUGGCUUCCAAUCUUGGAAGACCUAUUAGCAUGGAGAAUUUUGCUUUGCAGAAAAGGAGGCUCAAGCGGCUUCAAACAUUGUUUGGAUGGACCAUUCAGUAUGCUAAUUUAACAGAAUCCAUUUGAGGAGGAUCAGAUAAGUGUUGGGUAGAACAAGUGGUUGGUCCUGCUGUUAAAAUUAUCAGAUCUUUCCUCAGUGAAGAUGCUGGUCGGUGUUCAAUCUGAAGGGGACAAACCAAACUGCAACAAAUUCAAUCUGUAGGGAUCUAUGGACCCAAUAUGUCUGCAAGGCUUGUGGGGAUAGGAUACUGAGAGGAGCUCAUGAUUGGGAACAACAUAUACAAGGACGAGGCCAUCGAAAACACAUUUCCCGGCUGAGGAAGCUUGAAGAUCCCUGCUUAAUUCGAUUGCAACAAGAGUUAAAAUCCUAGCUCUAAUGUUGCCAUUUCCUAACAGGUUCUGAUUAUCGCUCUGAUUCUGUAAACUUUAAAGUGGAGAACAAUUUUGUGCUGUGCAGUGUAGAUAGAUAUUGCCGACUCGUGGGACUCCACCGCCCCACGUAAUUCUGUAUCUUUCCAAAUAUUGAGAUGCAGAUCUUGUCCAACAAAGAAGAGACUUGAUCGGUCUUCAUGGGUUUUAAGGGAGGAGUACAGGUGGGACUAUUGAAGUUGACACAACAAUAAUUGUCUAGUAAUUCUCUAUAUAAACAGUAUGUGCUUUUGGUGAUAAUACUCAUCUUCUUGGGGUUGGUUUUCUGGAGAAAAAUGGCAGGGGAGUUCAAGCACCUUGUGAUUGUCAAGUUUAAGGUUAAUGCUGAUGUGGAUGGGAUCAUCAAAGGAAUGGAGAAGCUGGUUUCAGAGGUAGAUCUUGUAAAGUCAUUUGAAUGGGGUAAAGAUGUGGAAAGUGAUGAGAUGCUUAGGCAAGGCUUCACUCAUGCCAUAUUGAUGACAUUCAACAAGAAAGAAGACUAUGCUGCAUUUGCCAGCCAUCCAAACCAUGUUGAAUUCUCUGCCACAUUCUCUGCAGCUAUUGAAAAGAUUGUUCUUCUCGAUUUCCCAACUGUUCUGGUCAAGGCAUCAAAAUGAUGUACCUCUUUCAAAAAUAAUAACCUGCCUUCUUCUCGAAGCAAGAUAUGUAUGUGUGUUAUGUGUGUGUGCGUGUGUAAUGUUAGUGCUUGCAAUUUUAUAUGUUUUGGAUUGUUAUUGGUGUUACUUCCAAUGCAACUUUAGCCUGUAUUAUUCAUGUCGAUUACAGGUAGAACUACUUUAUUGACUUUGUUGCUACUCUUUAUCUGAUGCAAUCCAUGAUUUUGAUAUCUCAUCCAGCUCUAUCAUGAUGGACUUGGCGAUCCAUGAUUUUGAUAUCUCAUCCAGCUCUAUCAUGGACUUGGUCCAUCUUAAAACCCUGCCAUUGAGAUCAUUAUCCCAGCUAAUUGUUUAUUCCUGGAUAUGAAUGCAACUCUUUUCGGCAUGAACCCAGAGAAAAAUGACCCAUGAAACAGGACCCGCUAUGCAUGUAUGUUUCCAU